GCCAUUGCCAACGACCACACGUCUCACACGUGACACAUCGUUCUUGGAGAGAGCGCCGGUAGCCCACCGCGCGCACGGGAGCGGAAUGGCCACCAUGGGCGUGGUCAGAGCAUGCGCGCCUCCCGCCGCCGCGGCCACAGCUGCUGCCAAGAGGAAUCCCUCCAGGAGCGCCCGCGUGCUCGUGCUCGGCGGCACCGGCCGUGUGGGAGGAUCCACGGCCACCGCGCUCUCCAAGCUCCGCCCCGACCUCAACAUUCUCGUCGGGGGACGGAACCGGGAGAAAGGUGAAUCCUUUGCAGCUAAGCUUGGAGAGCAGUCUGAAUUUGUCCAGGUUGAUACCGGCAAUACCAACAUGCUGGAGGACGUGCUACAGGGUGUGGAUUUAGUUGUCCAUACUGCUGGACCUUUCCAAAGGGCGGAGGAGUGCACUGUGUUGCAGGCAGCGAUAUCUACUAAGACAGCAUAUAUUGAUGUUUGCGAUGAUACUGAUUUUUCGUGGAGAGCAAAAGGUUUCCAUGAACAGGCAAAGGCUGCAGGUGUUCCAGCUAUUACUACUGCUGGCAUAUAUCCUGGAGUCAGCAAUGUGAUGGCUGCUGAGCUUGUACAUGCUGCCAAAAGUGAAAAUGGCGAACCUGAGAGAUUAAGAUUCUUCUACUAUACUGCAGGUACUGGUGGUGCUGGUCCAACAAUACUGACAACAAGUUUCCUGCUUCUUGGGGAGGAUGUAAUUGCAUAUAACAAGGGAGAAGAAAUCAAAUUGAAGCCCUACAGUGGAGCUCUGAACAUUGAUUUCGGAAAGGGGGUCAGAAAGAAAAAUGUUUACUUAUUGAAUUUGCCUGAAGUGAAGAGUGCUUUUAAGAUUUUAGGUGUGCCGACUGUUAGUGCCCGAUUUGGUACUGCUCCUUUCUUCUGGAACUGGGGAAUGCAGGCUUUCACAAACUUUUUACCUGUUGAGUUCUUGAGGGACAAAAGUAAGGUUCAGAAGUUGGUUGAGUCUGUUGAUCCUUUGGUUCGAGCCAUUGAUGGCAUUGCAGGAGAGCGUGUCUCCAUGAGAGUAGACUUGGAGUGUUCAAAUGGGCGCAAUACCAUUGGAUUAUUUACUCAUAAAAAGCUAUCUGUAUCAGUGGGCUUUGGAACAGCCGCAUUUGCUUUAGCGGUUCUUGAGGGCAACACACAGCCAGGAGUUUGGUUUCCAGAAGAGCCAGAGGGAAUACCAAUCGAAGCAAGGAAGCUGCUUCUUGAGCGUGCAUCUCAAGGGACAAGUAACUUCGUGAUGAACAAGCCUUCCUGGAUGGUAGAAACUGAUCCAAAGGAAGUCAUCCUAGGAAUCUAUGUGUGAGAAGAUAUAAAUGUGCUUAAAUUUCCUGGAUGCUGGACAAUGGCCAACUAAAUAUUGGAGUAAUUUACCAUCUGCGAGAAGUUGAAUGCAACAGCCAGCAGCAUGUUGAAGCCCCCCAGAUUGAGCAUGAUGUUUUUGUAUGACUAUUUGGGCUAUUUUAUUUUUGAAAGGGCUGUACAUGAAAAAUGAUGGUUAUAAGAAAAAAGAAUACAGGUGAAUAAAAGCAAUUUUGUGCAGCACACA